AUGGGUUUGACGUGGGAUGCGGUCGACAGCACACCACACACAGCGCUGCUCCAGCCGUGGGUUUCGAACCGAGAAAACGAAGGAGCCCCCUUCGACGCAACAUGGCGCCUCGCGAGCAGCGGGGCCACGGGAUUGGUCGUCUCCGUCGACCUUAGCGUCGCAUUUAGUGAGAUUCUGAUCGGAGUCUUCGUCGCUCUCGAUGGGUUCAACUAUGAUCGCACGCGCUCUAGCUAG